AUGACGGUGUCUUACACUCUCAAAGUGGCAGAGGCGCACUUCGGGGCCUUCUCUGGCCUGCUGCUCCGCUGGAGGGGCAGCAUCUACAAGCUCCUGUACAAGGAGUUCCUGCUCUUUGGUGCCCUGUACGCUGUGCUCAGCAUCACCUAUAGGCUGCUGCUGACCCAGGAACAGAAGCAGAUUUAUGCCCAGGUGGCCCGAUACUGCAACCGCUCAGCAGACCUCAUCCCCUUGUCCUUCGUGCUGGGUUUCUACGUGACUUUGGUGGUAAACCGCUGGUGGUCUCAAUACACAAGCAUCCCGCUGCCGGACCAGUUAAUGUGUGUCAUCUCAGCCUGUGUGCACGGUGUGGAUCAGAGUGGCCGCUUACUACGCCGAACUCUCAUCCGCUAUGCCAACCUGGCAUCGGUGCUGGUACUGCGUUCCGUGAGCACCCGUGUGCUCAAGCGCUUCCCUACAAUGGAGCACGUGGUGGAUGCAGGUUUCAUGUCUCAGGAAGAGAGGAAAAAGUUUGAGAGCUUGAAAUCUGACUUUAACAAGUACUGGGUCCCUUGUGUCUGGUUCACUAACCUAGCCGCCCAGGCCCGCAGGGAUGGACGAAUCCGUGACGACAUUGCUUUCUGUCUCAUAUUGGAAGAGUUGAACAAGUACCGUGCCAAGUGCAGCCUGCUGUUCCACUAUGACUGGGUCAGCAUCCCACUUGUCUACACCCAGGUGGUGACGAUAGCUGUAUAUUCCUUCUUCGCCCUCUCCCUGGUUGGCCGACAGUUUGUGGAGCCAGAAACAGGAGCUACCAAACUUCAGGAGACUCUGGAGCCAGGCAAGGGGGCCUCUCCAGUCCUGGGGGACCUGGACAUGUUCGUGCCUCUCACCACGUUGCUGCAGUUUUUCUUUUAUGCUGGUUGGCUCAAGGUAGCUGAACAGCUCAUUAACCCUUUUGGUGAGGAUGAUGACGACUUUGAGACCAAUCAGCUCAUAGACCGAAACCUGCAGGUGUCCCUGCUCUCUGUGGAUGACAUGUACCAGAACCUGCCUCCUGCCGAGAAGGACCAGUACUGGGAUGAGGCCCAACCUCAGCCACCCUAUACGGUGGCCACAGCUGCUGACUCGCUGCGCCCUUCCUUCCUGGGUUCCACUUUCAACCUGCGCAUGAGCGACGACCCUGAGCAGUGCCUGCAGGUGGAGGCGUCCCCAAGGUCCGACCUGCCCGCACCUGCUACACAGACGCCGCUGCUGGGCCGCUUCCUGGGCGCAGGAGCGCUCUCGCCUGCUGUAAGCCUGCGCAACUUCGGCCGAGCACGCGGGGCCCCCAGGACCCCGCACUUGCCUCGUUUCCGAACUGAGAUAGGCGGCCAGGAGGCUGCCAGCCGCAUAGAUGAGGCUGAGGAAUCUGGGGAUGAAACCCUGGAACCUUGAGAAUCCCUGUCCGUCCGGUGGCCACUGGGCCUUCUUUGCCAGUUGCACUGUCCUGCGACCAACUUGUCUGCAGUGGGUGGGCCACUGGGGAAAGCAUUGGGGGACAGCCCUUGAAAGCAAAGAUGGCAAGGAGUCAGAGCUGGGGUAGGGUGUCUCCUUUGGCUUGAGGUGAAGCUAGAAUGAAAUGGCCAAAUAUGUAGGGCUAAAACAGAGCUAAAGUUCUUUCCAGGCGUAUGGGGGCUAGGCUGGUGGCCCCAAACACUGGGGUGGCGUCCGCACCUUGCCUGGUACCCAGCCUCUUUGUACUGCAUUGGAUUUAGUUCUGAGCUUAGGAAGUGGCAUUUCUAAUUUUGGGACGCUGCAGGGCUAACCUAGGACAGCCGUUUCAGAAUGUUCCCUACCCCAGUAAGGGAAGUCCCGCAGCAUAUCUGCCAUGUUCACUUUCUGUUUGAGAAUAUAUCCCAUUUGUUCAUUGUGAA